AUGGCCCACACAGCUGUGGUUUGCGGACCUGAUCAGUCUGUUAGCAGCCUCUCCAUGGGAGAUUCCCCUCAGACAGGAUCUACUAUCGCAAACACAGGGAAUGAUUUGGCACCUAAGGCCAGAUCUAUGGAAGCUGUGGGCGUGGCCUCUGAGCAGGUUUACUGCCCAGUGGCUUCAGUACUGGAGUUCCUUCAGGACCGUUUCUCUGAUGGAAGAGGUGGGGAUUUACAGGCUCUCUCUGUUUCACCCUUGUGCAUGGAAUUUGCACCAGGCUCUGUGAAGGUUGUAUGGACUUAUAUUGGUAAUGGAAGGAAGAAACAACCUCAACCAAGCAUUUUGUCUCAGCACUUUGCAGGACUCUCUAACUCUCCAAACUCCACUUCUCCUUCAGGAUUCAGUUCAGAAGAGUCAGUUAUAAGCUCAUUUUACUCUGAUUUUGGAAUCAGUUUAGAUGACUACUCCAGGUUACAGCAGGCUGUUUACUGGGAUGGGCCUGACAGAUCAAUCACAAAUGUGUCCAUGAGUACUAGUCCAGCUCACACCACAUUCAUCAUAGAGAACCUGAAAGAGAGCUACCAAACUGGUGAGGAACUUUUUGUUACGGUGCACUCAAAAAACUUUGAUGGUAAAUCCAAGAGUUAUGGAGGUGACUUUUUUCAAGCCAAGCUGUUCUGGUCUAAAACUAAGGCAAGUGUGUUUGGGGAGGUGGUGGACCUGCACAAUGGAUCCUACUCUGUGCGUUUCCUCCUGCCAUGGGCCGGUGAGGCCCAGGUGGCUGUGCGUCUAAUUCACUCCAGUGAAGCUGUGCAGGUCCUGAAGCAUCACAGAGAUACUGACUCUGACAGGGUGUACUUUAAUGGAUAUUACGAGGGACCAGGACCAAAUAAGACCAGGCUGAGUGAAACAGUGAUGUGUAAUGUUAAGUGGGACAAGAAUGGACUUGAGCAUAUGGGAACUGAAAAUUGUUGCUGUGAUUACAAAGAUCCCCAUACCAAAGAAAUAUGGCGCUGCCAGAGACCCAAAUCCCUGCCAUGCAGUGCUCUUGUGUACCACUCUAUGGGAGGUUAUAGAAACCGUCUGACUGAUAGAGAGAAAGAGCUUAUGAAGCAAACUAAUAAAGAUAUCAAUGGAGAUAAGAGCAUCAUCAAAAUUUUUCAGUCCCAUGGAAAUGAAACUGCUGAUGUAGCAGAGAAAUGUCAUCCUGGUUUACACACUCCAGUUCCAGCUGGCUUCUACCUGAAUGAUGUGUGGACAUCUUUUGUCUGUAGCACCCGCCAUUUUACAACCCAAGCGACAACAGAGUGCCUGAAAGACAAACACAUUUACAUGAUGGGAGACUCUACUAUGAGACAGUGGUUUGAGUUCUUUGUGAAAGUAGUACCAACACUGAAGCAGAUAAACCUGCAUGUCCAGUAUCAGUCAGGGCCACUUCUAGCAGUUGAUUUGGAGAACAAAAUUGACUUGCACUGGAGGGCUCACGGCAUUCCUUUGCGCUGUCGAAAAUCGUAUGUUGCUAAUCUGCACUACAUCAGUAAUGAGAUCGAUGACCUGGCUGGAGGACCCCACACAGUCAUUAUGUUCAAUCUGGGGCCCCAUUUCACCACGUACCCUCUGGAUUACUACACCUAUAGAGUGUUGACGAUCCGCAAAGCUGUUCUAGCAUUGUUACAUCGGGCGCCUGACACUACGGUUAUAAUCAAGACUGUCAACACUGGCUAUAAGGACAUUUUCGGGAGUGAUUGGUAUUCUUUACAGUUGGACAGAAUCCUCCGUUGGGCUUUUCAGGAUGUUGAUGUUUAUAUUCUGGAUGUAUGGCAAAUGACGGCCUGUCACUACAGCAAAGAGAACAUUCAUCCAGGCCCUGUCAUCAUCAAAAAUGAGAUAGACAUUUUACUUUCUUUUAUUUGCCCUAAAUGAAUUGAAUUGAUCCUGCCAAGUGUAUAUUCAGUUUUGUUUAUAGCAAUUAAAAACAAUUCUUUGAUUCUGCACUCCAAUAAUUUUUAAACAUGAAAGUCAUUUAUUUAAACAGGCGUGUGCAAGUUU